GUUUUUUGGCUUGAAGGAUCUAAAAAUGUAGACACCAAACGAGCAGCUUCGCAUUGCACCCCAAAAUAGUCCAGCGGCACAACGACGAAAAUGUGAGAAAAACGCACUGAGGAAUAUUUUAACUCAGAUCCAUUUAUUCAUGGUCUCUCUCGUAUUCAGUACCAACUAAUUUGCAUUUGUUGUUUGUGUGAACGUGCAGACAUAUUUUGUUGGUUUCUUUGCGACUAGGAUUGUAGGUCCAAUCGAAGACGUUGUAGCUUUAGAUUUUCGUCUCGUCUAGAAUCUCAUCGAUCAUUGCAAUCGAACAAAGCAAUAUAAGAACACAUCAAGAUGCCGAAGUCCGGUGCGGAACGGAAAAAAAGGUGGAUCAAGAACAAACGGGCGCAAGGGUUGACGAAUUCCAUGAUUGUCGGUCCGAGCUCAGGCGGCCAUUCGUCGCAUGCCACGAGUGGAGGCGGUCAACAUGGCGGAAAUACGGCACGAGUUCUGAAAGAAGACGCAUUUCUUUGGACGCAUUGGAUUGCAUUCUCGCAGAAAACGGCGAAACUGAGGUUCAGCGACGGAACGCACAUGUUCCAGCGCAUGAUCGAGAUUGUCUGCAGCGAUGGUCAUGCACAUCCGGAGUCUUUCAUCUUGUAUUUAGGAAAUAUUCCGCGAAUUCGGGUUGCCCGCCAUCCCGACACUAGUCAGUACCACACCGCGGACAAUCGCCGCCUAUUGAUGUUCAGGGCCCUUGGCUUUAGGCACGUACGCGUCGACGUGACGGAAUGGACCGAGGAGUAUGACAACAAGCUGGCGCAGAGAGAUUUCAGUGCUCGCGAUCCUCUCGACCACUUCGCCAACAUUGAGAACGUGGAGCGAGUGAAAACGGAUUCUGUUUCUGUCAAGCGUCUCCGAGCAGCUUUUUUCAAGACCUUGCAGAGUCCAUACUCCCCGUUUCCCUUGUCGGGCCGGACUGUUCUUGUCGCCCUUCCAUACGACUAUUGCUAUACACGUGAAGACGAUGCAUUGCGUCGACACGUUGCGGCGCGGCUUGACAAGCUGCGCUGUACGCGGGACGGGUUCGCUGAAGCCACAAUCUUCUCUGCUUUUCGAAAAAGAGUCGCGAUGCUGCGAGUCGACGUCGAAAAUGUUCAUGACCUAGACGAGGUUGGAGUAAAAGUCAGCAGGUCGUUCGGACCGGCUCUCGCAAAGCAACUCAAUGUGUAAGUAAUUGGCAGCGUGAAGUAUUUAGACCUGUUGUGGCGUUGCGGCGACGCCCAAGCACCUGUUGAAAGUUUGCUCCGUAAAUGCAAGUGCGGAAUGGCGAGGAGAGGAGUUCUCCGCUAAAAAACUGUAUGAGCAAGCAAAAGGAGUGGUUGACUCUGCCGCGGAGAACCUUGCGCCCUUGUUUUUGGCGCGUCUGCGUGAAGCGGCGAGCGAUGGCAAAUUCGAGACCCGAAUAACUGCGGAUGAAACGAAUAUGCGCUCCUCCGGUUUCAACUUCAAGAACCGGAUGCGUGCGGUCGAUUGGAUGCCGUAUUUUGCCUCAGAGGCGGCCUUUUGGUAUUUUUGUAGGAAUACGAUGGAGACCGCCUUGUCGAAAGCUGGUUAUACUUGUAGUUUCAAUCUCGCGAAGGGAGAAACCACGUCCGUGAACGACGGGCCGCAAGAACAGGGCCGGGCCGUUGUGAAGUCGCGCGGCUCGCGUAAUUGCAAACCUGCGCAAAGCGCAAAGGCGCAGCUCAUAGGGAUCAAUGUUGUCACCCAAAUUAAAUUUUCGGGUUCGUCAGCUUUGAGUCGUCUUGUACGGCUGUAGUUGUUGGGGUCGUUCCUAGAUGAAGCAAGUUCGUAACAUCGCAAAUGUCAUCGAGCCUGGC